CCUGUUUGUCCUAAAUUGUCAAAUGUUUCAGAGCGAGCCAGAGAUUGAGUAUUAUUUACCUGAGUUGCAAGCCCCACACACCAGUGUUGCAAACAAACCUUGGACUGAAGGAAAUCCUCAGACACAGAGGCUACAAUCUGGAGAGCGAUUGCAUGGAGAGAGAAAUGAGCUUAAAGCUGAGAGCAAGGGAAAACACAGCAGUCAGCAUGUUGAGGACACGGUUGCAGAGCACGACUUCCUGGGCUGCAUGUCAAGGCGUUCAGGUCUGCCACGUUGGAUCUUGGCUACAUGUCUCCUGUUGUCAAUCAUGGUGAUGCUGUGGCUGAGCUGUGCCAGCCUGGUAACAGCACCUGAGCAACAUGUAAAGACUCAGUUGAGCAUCAAUGGAGAUAAGGAGUUCCUAGACUACAUGCCAAAAGUCAACCCCUACCAUCUGACUUCAGUGAUUGCUGUAGCAGUUGGUCAUCAUGAUGAAGAAAAAGAGGCAGGGCCUCUGCCAGUCAAAGUUGACCUGAACAAAACCUCACUAUAAAACCAUUAUAACGUGUGUAAUCUGUUAGUAUUUCUGUCCCUCAAAUAGAGGAAGAAAUCAUCACAUUUAAGUUUUUUUAAAAUAAAAAUGCAUGGUUUAUUUAUUCUUAUUGAUAUUCCUAUAUAUAGGAACAGGUUACACACAGUGAAGCCAUUGAGUAAUAAGUAAUAUUGAUAUAGGUGUUUAUUGUGUUCACUAGACAGUGCUGCUUUCAAAAACAUUAAGAACAUGAUUAACCAAGCUGUGAUUGUAGCACUUAAGGGAUUUGGGAUGCUAGGAUGUUCUUUGAACUAGAAUGUCUGUAACGCAGCCAAGGUACUCCUUACUACAGUGAGCAAAAGACAAACAUUGACAGCAUCAUUUUCAAUUUGAUUAGUUAUGUUUGAAUAGAGAUUUUGACACUUGAUUUUGCCACAACAGGAGACAGGCCCUACUCAUGGAAUAAUCAUGUGUACAUACAUGUAGUUAUUUAUUUAUCUCCAUCACUAAUGUAUAUCACUUAUGUAUAAGAUCUUAUUGUACUUUAUCUCUCAUUUAGAUGCUAAUAGAUAAGAUGCUGUGAUUAAGUGGUAUUUACAGAAAGCUUCUAAUAAGAUUGAGUGAUACCUAGGUAAAGUAAGAAUGUAAAUAUCUCUUUUAUUCUUAAGAUUGUCGAAUGGGAUGAUUCUCCUACUUCUGCUUAGUGCUAGGGUUUGACAAAUAGAUCAUAUGUUACCAGCCGUAGAGCUCACUAGCCUCAUGGCUCUUCUAGUGCUGAUUGUGUUUCUUUUACCCAUGUGGUCCUAAUUGCAGUGCAUGCUAAUAUGUUUUGAGACCUAUCUGCCUACCCACUUAUGGCAAUAGACUAAUAUAUGCUGUUAAUAUUUGUGUUCAUAGCUUAAUGUUGAAGAGGCAAUGCAAUUAUAAAAUACAGAUGAGUUAAGUAAAUAAAUAUCACAAAGAUGUUAACUGCUUUUUAGGUACACGAUUGUUGCAUGACCAAAUCCAUAGUACAUAAUGAACAUAUUUUUUCCACAUAAUUAUCUGGCUGUUAGAAAUUUGUUUGAUCUACAGGAUUUGCUUCAGAACUCAUUAGUUAUUUAUUAUUAAUACAGAUUUUCUCUGUGUCCGCAUGUCAUGAAGUACACAAAACAGUAUAAGAAAAGAGAGAGAAUAUACUAGUUUAUUGAAAUUCUCAGUUUUCCUUUGCCAUUUUCAAAGGCAGCCACAAAGAGGGUGCUAUCUCUUACAGUUUAACCAUAGCAUUUAUGUAUUUGACUUUUCUGGUUUUUCAGCUAAAUCAGCAGCCAGACUGAACAUGAAUAACAUUUGCAUGGAUAAAAGUCAAUUCAUUAAUCAAGUAGCUAUAUAGUGCCACAUCUCUCUCUUUGUGUCACAAUCUUUAAUACUAACUGCCUCAAGUAUGAUAUUUAAGCGAUUAAUUUAAGGCAAUGCGUGCUAUGUUUCAGGGUAAUAUUGCCGCGAAUUAUAAACAACUCUAAUCACAUCCUUUCUUCUAUUAUUUUUUUUAUUUUUUCAUACAUUCUGGUUUGUUACAUGUGACUGUGCCCCCUAGUGAACACAUUUAUGUACAUGCAAGUAUGAUGGCAUGCAUUUGUGUGAAUUUUAUAACAUUUGUAAAAACUUAGCUUAUAUAUCAAUUGGCUAUUGGCUAUUAAUAAAUCCAAGCAUUUAUGCUAAUUAUUUAA